GUUCCCAUCGCAGGUCACUAUGCCUGCUCUAAGUGUGGGUAUGAGCUGUUCUCCAGUAAGGCUAAGUAUGCCCACUCCUCACCCUGGCCGGCCUUCACAGAGACCAUCCAUGAAGACAGUCUGUCCAAGAGGCCUGACGGGCACAAUGCCUUAAAGGUGUCCUGUAACAAGUGCGGGAACGGGCUGGGUCAUGAGUUCCUCGGGGACGGACCAAAGGGGAAGUCACGGUUUUGAAUAUUCUCCGACUCUUUGAAGUUUGUAGCCAAUAAAAAUGCGGCCAAUGGGCCACAAACUAACGGUCAGGCAUAACUGGUUUAUGUCUGCCACAAAUGGACACUGCCUAUUCAGCCAGUAAAAUAGACACUUGUGUACAUGUUCUCUGCCUUUUUUCUCAGUUUGAUUUAAACUUUUAGUGAAAAUCAAACAUUUCCAAAAUGAUACCAAAGAGCUUUAGUGAAGUCUUGCAGUAAGUGAGUAAGUAAUUUAUGAUAUGUAUUUUUAUUCUUAGAAACUAUUGAUACAUGUAGCACCAGAGCCACAAAAAAGUGGCAAGACAGACUCUUAAAAUCUAGCCUGGUAACCAUUUUCUCCUGCCUGUAAUCUUAAUGGUGCUGACAGUGUUGUCCGCCAACCCGCCAGUUCAUUUGCAC